AUGGAUGAUGAAUAUCAGAACUUCUUGGCAGAAUUGGGAGGCACUGUUCCUGAGUCUGCAACCAAGCAAAACUCUGCAACGCUUGCCCUUGGCCCUGGCAGUUCAGGAACCAAUCCUCCUUGGGCAAGUAGUAAUAACACUACACAAGCUGGUUUGGGGUCUAGCAUAAUCAAGCCAAAGGAACAUGACGAGACAAAUUUGUAUAUUGGAUAUCUGCCACCUGCUAUGGAUGAUGAUGGUUUGAACAGCUUGUUCUCUCCCUUUGGUGAAAUUGUGAUGGCUAAGGUUAUCAAGGACCGCCUAUCUGGUCUGAGUAAAGGAUAUGGCUUUGUUAAAUAUGCUGAUGUCCUACAAGCUAAUAAUGCCAAUGUGAGUAUGAAUGGCCACAGACUAGAUGGGAGAACAAUUGCAGUGAGAGUUGCCGGUAGACCUCCUCAGCCUAAUGUGCCACCUGGCCCUCCUGCUCCAGCAAUGCCUACAUAUCCUCCAAAUCAGCCUCCUGGUGCCUACUCAUCUCAGCAGUAUAAUACCAGCGGUCCAAUUGGUAGUGCACCACCAGGGGCUAUACUGGGGCUCCAGUUCCAUGGGGACCACCUGUGGCUCCUCCUUAUGCAUCUUAUCCUCCACCUCCUCCGGGUUCAACCCUUUAUCCUCCACCUCCUCCAUAUGGGAUGCAAAAUCCCCCACCAAUGCCACCAGCAUCUUCUGGUAUCCCAUCACAGACUGUUUCUCUUGAUACCCUACAAAAUUAUGCGUCUGGAGUGCAAUCUCAGAGUAGUGCACCUGCUCAAUCUGCUUCGACUUAUGUCUAUGGAAAUUCUGUGA